AUGGUCAAAGAUACGAAGCUUUACAAUUUACUAGGCGUUGACCCUUCCGCCAGUGAAGCAGAAAUCAAAAAAGGAUACAGAAAACAAGCAUUGAAAUACCAUCCAGAUAAACCAACUGGUGAUACCGAAAAGUUUAAAGAAAUAUCCGAAGCAUUUGACAUUUUGUCCAAUGCGGAUAAGAGAGAAGUGUAUGACCAAUACGGUCUAGAGGCCGCUAGAGGGAACGCUCCAGCUGCCGACCCCGGCAAUCCAUUUGGUGGAGCUGGUGGUGGUGGUGCUGGAGGAUUUAACUUUGGUGGUGCUGGAGGAGGCGGUGGUUUCAGAUCUUCUGGUGGUGGAUUCUCACAAGCUGAUGCUUUCAAUAUCUUUUCCCAGAUGGGUGGUUUCGGUAUGGGAGAUGACGGAUUUACUUUCAGUCUGAGUGGUUUCGGCGGUGGUGCCGGUGGAUCUCCAUUUGGUGGAGGAGGUUUCAGGUCUGCCGGAGGUGGCGGCGGAAUGCCAGGUGGUUUUGGUGGACGUCAACAACAAAGACCAGAACCAGACACUGUAUCAAUCCAACUCCCUGUUUCGUUGGAAGACUUGUAUAAAGGUGCAACCAAAAAGAUGAAGAUUACUAGAAAAGAUGCCAGUGGAACGAGAGAACAGAAAGUUUUGGAAGUUAAUAUAAAGCCUGGCUGGAAAUCGGGCACCAAGAUCAACUUUGCCAAUGAAGGAGAUUACCAACCAGAAUGUGGUGCAAGGCAAACUAUACAAUUCGUCAUACAAGAAAAGCCAAGUCCAAUUUUCAAGAGAGAUGGAAACAAUAUCAAAAUGAAUGUCCAUUUAUCAUUUAAGGAGUCACUUUGUGGGUUUGAAAAAGAUGUAACUACGUUAGACGGCAGAAGAAUCUCAUUGAGUAGAUCUAGUCCUGUUCAACCAAAUUCAACCACAAACUACCCAGGUUUGGGAAUGCCAAUAAGCAAGAGUCCUGGCCAAAAAGGUGACUUGGAAAUUACUUACAAAGUGGACUACCCAUCGUCAUUAACCCCUGCACAGAAGCAAGCCAUUUUGGAUAACUUUUAA